UUGUGUGAUAGAAGAUUAAAUAGUAUUUUUACCCUAUUUUGGUUGACAAUGAGGGUUUUAUUAAUAGGUAGUUUAGAUUAGAGAAGCUAUUACUGGCACAAGAAGCGUGCAGAACCUUGUAAUAACUUGUGAAAGCAUUUCUUUCUUGUAAGAAAUCGAUGAUCUUUCCUUUACGCUGUGGUAGAGAGGAAAAUGCUUGGAGCCAUGGUAUUGACUAAAGGAGGGAGGCAAAUUGGGAUUUGACAAAAUCUUAACUCUUUUAAUUGGGCAGCAUAAGCAAGUUGAGAAAAGAAAAUCAUUCCUUGCUUUACAUGCUCUACUAAAAGGUUGUGGUAUCAAUCUAGAAAGGAAUAACACAAUGCCACAGUUGAAAGAAAGACAUCAAAUUCCUUCUUCAUGUACAAGUAGUUCCAUUUAACAAUCAUAAAACAAACACAUAACAGUACAGUCAAUUAGCCUAAGCUAACAUGAUGUUCUUCCAUGGAUGUUUCAUCACAAAAUUCGGACUAUUUGUGUCUCCGAAAACUCUGCCGUGCAUAUUCUUUCAAAAGAUCAUGCUUCUUUCUCCUCGUCUUUUUUCUCUUAGCAGUUGUUUUUCUUGGUGUGAUUGUAUUGGUUGUAAUCUUUUACUUAAAGCCCCAGAAGCCAGUUUUUUCCCUUCAAAAUGUAAGCUUGGAUUCGUAUAAGCUCAACGCCUAUUCGGGUUCAACCCUAUUUCUUUCAUCUGUAAUCACAUUAUCCCUGAAUGCUACAAAUCCUAGCAAGGUUGGAAUCUGGUAUAGCCCUUCGGGUCUUGAAACUCUGAGUCUUCAUGAUGGACUGCCUAUUGGAACCAUUCGGAUUCCUGGUUUCCUUCAGCCUGCUCACAGCAGCAAUGUGAGUUUCGAAACUAGGGUUCUGUUUCCAUGUGUAAAUAUCAGCCAGAUUGUUGCGGAGGCUUCUUUGCAAGAUGAUUCAAGGAAGAACAUGUUUCAGAUGAAAAUAGUAGGCGAUGUUGGAGCUCACCUGUUGGCAUUUCAUAUAAUUCUGUUAAAGAUCAAGAUUGCGUUGGAGUGUGACUUAAAUAUUGAUUAUAAAGAGCUUAUGAUGAGAAAUAAAGUUUACACCAUUGGAGGAAUUAAAAACCACAUUGCAUCCUUUCCUACCAACACCAACGCCAACACCUUCUUCAUCAAUUGCUCUUUGGCUUUGUACAUAUAGAAGUGGAAAAUUAUUGACUCGACAAAAAACCUCGACGCGAAACUUGCUUAAUGUUGUUUGUAAAGUUUUGAACCCCAAACUUGGUUGAUGUUGUUUGUGACUAGUUAUGUAGUUGAAU